AUGUCUACCACUCCUACCACCCCUUCCUCCACCAGGUCUUUUGCCUCCACUACCACCUCCUUGGGCACGAUGUCUCCCGCCACUACGGAUACCAGUGUAUCCUCAUCAUCUACAAGUUCUCCUACUUCCGAUGGCGCCAAGCCACUCUCUCCAAGCUCUCAUGAUCUCAUUUUGUCACUCCUCCGCUCCGCCCAAUCCGCGCAGGCUGUUGGAAUCUCCACUGCCCUCGCCACUGCCAAUUCUGCCCGCGCACGCCCCCGUGCCCGCGAGACCAGGAGACCCGUCCGCGACGAGAUUGCCUACGGCUACCUUGAUGACCCAGUAGUCCUCGCUGCCCGCGCGAGGGCAAGGGCCCAGGGAGCGAGAGACAAGAUGGAAUUCGAAGAGAACUUGUACAGAACGCUGGCAAGGCCAGCGUCAAUGGAGACCCUUGGGACCUUGAAGGACGUGUUGAGGAGGAGUGGAUUGCAUGAAGAAGGAACUGAGGAGAAGGAAGAUGAGAAGGUGCUCGGAAUGUUGAAUGAUUUUUAG